AUGGGAUGUACUGGAUGCAAGAAAUAUAAAAAGCUGUUCCUUUCAGGAAUAGCUCCACAGGCUGUUGUCACGCAAAAACAGGCUUCAACUAUUUUAUUUUAUUUUUGGAAACUUUGUGCUUCACUCUUUCAGCUUUUGAUAAGCACAGGAGGAUUGCCUCAUGCGCUUGAACGAUUGUUAAUCAUUUGCUUUAGGAGGUUAUAUGAUGGUGAGAUAUUCUUCAAGGAACUCAAAAAUCAUGAUUAUAGCAGUAUUUACAAAAUUGUUAAAGAGGACCUUCAGAUGAUGCAUAAUAUUUACGCAGAUAUGAACAAAAACAAGAAUCUUGCUAUAAAACUUCUGUAUCACUGUGUCGAGGGAAUUCCUGUUACUGAUAAAACUUGCCUAGAUGAAAAGAAUCCACAUCUCACAAUAGAAAAUCAACAACAACUUAUGAAUAAAGUCUUUCGAAUAAAUAAUCACAUGCAUUGGCAAGACUGGGAGUUAUUUGUAUUGUACCAUGAAGCAUUUUGCACUAAUCUGACCAUCGAAACAGGAAUUUCUGGAAUGAAUUUGGGACAACUAUACCCUGGCACUUAUAGGGAGGAUAUUUAUUUACAGAUAUAUGUAGUUCUGAAAAGGCUCCAUUGUUAUGAGGCGAAUGAACAGUUUCUAAAUAACAAGAAAUUAACAAACAAAUAUGAUAAUAAAUCAAUUGACUUGGAGAGUGGGACUGUUGUGGUUCUUAAUAAUAUAUCUGCUGAUUUCACAGAUAUAAUCUUAGUUAGAAUGAAUGGUGAAAAAUGUCUAUUGAUUAUUCAAUGCAAAUGGGACUAUAUUGAUGAUGAUGACAUCAAAAAUUUAAGCAAGCAUAUUGCUGAAUUUAAAAAGAUAUAUGAAGGUUAUGAGCUCAUUACAAUCAUCUUUACUACACAACCAUAUAGUGGACCACAGGAAAAAGUAGGCAUUCUAAUCAUUUCAAAAGACAAUUUCGAUAAGCACUUUGGCCCCGUUUUUUUAUCAUUGGCCACAUUUUCCCUUAUUAAAGCUAUCAAUCCUAAUUUUUGGGAUGUAAAUAGAUUGAAAAACAUCUUCGAUGAUAUUGGUGAUGCUUCUAUUGAAAAUGUUAUUGAAAAGCGACC